CGAACUACAAAUCCCAGAAACUCUCUGGGCAGCUCAGCAAGGCUUUCGAGAUUAACCUCAUAAACUCAUUCGACUGCCGAUAAUUAAUGCUGUAUUUGGUUAAUGGUGGUUUUCCGCAGCUCAGUUUCUACAAAUGUGAUCCUUCUCUUGCAGGAUCUCCCCUGAUCUCCCCUUUCCUCCCAGCGACCCACUUUUGGCAAACCUCUCUCUCUCCCCCCCUCCCUUCCGCGGUGGUGUUUUGCCGCGGCGUCAGCUGCCCGUUUGUGUGCUUGCUUCUCUCUCGGGCCGCGAAGGGAGGAAGCCCUGUCUAAAGCGACGGCCGGGCUCCCUCCUUCCUUGCAGGGUUUACAUAAGCACGCGCGCCAUGGAGAAAGCGCUGAAAAGCGGGCUGAAAACCAACCUCCUGUCGGCCUUUGGGAAAAGCGCGGGAGGCGGGUGCAUCAGCCAAGGGCAAGCCUACGAGACCGACACCGGGCCGGUCUUCGUCAAAAUCAACGACAAGGCCCAGAUACUCUUCAAAGCUUGGAGAACAAGUAGCAGAUCUUCAUCUUUACAACCAAAAACUUGGGGAAAAAUUAAAGAAAGAAGAAAACAGAGUUGUUUGCUUUAUUUGACAGGAGCAGGGCUUUUUGCAGGCCUGACAGAACCUCGCUAUGUAGACAAGUUUGGAUUCCAUACAGUUACCUGCUGUGGUUAUAUAUCUCAGGUAAAUGAAUGGCAAAGUGACUGGCCCACUUUCUUUGUACGUCACCGGCUCCAAGCCCAAAUGGAUUUGAUUGAGAGAGAUUAUGGGGACAGAGAAGCAAGAGAAUUGUGGACUCAACUAAAGCCAAAGAUUCCUGAGAUGUUUUGCGACCUGGAAAUCAUUCCUGCUCUCAUCCAUGGGGACCUCUGGGCAGGAAAUGUAGCUGAAGAUGACUCUGGCCCAAUUCUCUUUGACCCUGCUUGCUUCUAUGGCCAUUCAGAAUUUGAACUUGCAAUUUCAAUGAUGUUUGGUGGCUUUAGUAGCUCCUUCUUUUCUGCUUAUCACAAUAAAAUCCCCAAGGCUCCAGGCUUUGAAAAGCGUAAUAAGCUUUAUCAGCUAUUUAACUUUAUUAACCACUGGAAUCAUUUUGGGACACAAUAUCGGCGAUCUACCCUUAAUGUAAUGAGGAAGCUUGUAAAGUGAACCUCCCAAUGCUCUUCCUGCAUAAGCAGAUCUGUGUUUGAUGUCAGAACAUCAAAUACGAUGAUUCAGAAAUGAAAGGCAGCCACCUGGAAGUCUCCAAAAGUAAUGAUUAAGGUGGCAUUUGUGCACAUUUGAUUCCUCACAAAAUGCUUGCAGUGGUUUGUAAUUUUUACAUUCUGUAAUUGUCAACUAGCAUAUUAAUAACCACUUUGAUAAGGUUAGGAGAACUGUGUAACAUUAAUAUCAGUUGGAAUGAAUUAUGUAACAUUAUAGCACACACCGUGUAAAAACAUCUAAUCCAGUUAUGGUUAGAUCUAUAAUUUAGUAAUUAAUGAUAAGAGGCUGGAAAGCAAUUCUUUAGCCUACACCAUCUUGGCAUUUUGAGAUGAUCACAGCAGUCCAUAUAUUCCAGAAACUAGCUGUAUAAACUAUGCAGAACUGUUAAACCAUUGAAAUAUUCAUAUUACCUGCUGUGCAAAUAACAACCUUCCUUCACAAGAAUCUGGGGGUCAUCCACACUGUACGACUAAUCCAAUUUGAAACCACUUUAAUGGCCUUGGCUCAAUGCUACGAAAUUCUGGGGGUUGUUGUUUUACAAGGUCUUUGCCCUUCUCUGCCAAGGAGUGCUGGUGUUUCAUCAUACUACAGCUUCCAGGAUUCCAUAGCAUUGAGCUGUGGCAAUAAAAGUGGUGUCAAGCAGCAUUAAUUCUACAGUGUAGACACACCCAGGGAUGGCCCACUAUAAGACGAGGGAGGUACACGAUGGACAGAGUUGUCUUUGGGAUGUGAUCAGCUGUACAAACCUCCUCUGCACACAUACAUUUCCCUGCUGCCUUCAGGUGACUGGAGAAUACAGUCUGGGUACCAAUAUGGAAAUAAAAUUCAGCUUUAUAGUCAACUUUUCUCUGUAGAAGGAGAGAACGAUUUGCCUCAGGCAUCAAAAUAUUUUGGUCAAUCCCUGAGAACAUCAUUGCACUGCACGAAAACCAGUUUUUAACAUGUCUGUAUUUCAGGUGCAGAGCUGGCUUUAUGAACACUGCUUUUUAGGCCCUGCUUUAUAUACACACGCCUCAGCAUGUAUAGUUAUUAUUACAACCAACAUGCACAGUGAAUCUGUGAGUAAACCCUGUUAAACAAAGUAGUUGUUGUUUUGGGGUUAUACAUACAGUUGCAUAAAAAUACAUGAGGUUUGUUGUGAAAUUAGCUUUAACAGGGAAAAUAAACCUGCUAUCUUAUUAUUUAUUUUUUUAGAAAACUGUUUGAAAUUAAACUUAUUUCAAAGUUAUUUCUUGUUUACAUGCAAUUAGCUUGAAUAAUGGUUAGUAACAGAUGGAGAUAGGUAUGAAAGAAAGAAUAUUGCAAGAAUGAGUGGUCUGAGUAUUUUAGCUGUUUCCCAGACAUUGACCAUGGCUAUCCAGUGUCAAAUUUUCUAUCUCUAGAUAAGUCAAUGACUUCAUGAAUUGGAUAUAGGUAAUGUUCUAUUCAAAAGAGAGUUUUAACCUAACUCUGGUAAGCAAUGUGCUCCUCUAGAGCACUGCUUCUUAAACUGGGUCCUAACCCCAAAUGAGAUUCCUUUAGCUCAAUAUUGGGGUCACAAAAAUUGGUCAUGGUAAAGGUUUUUGAACAUUACCUCUUUGCACAGAUCUGUCAGCAACAACAUGCAACAGUGGACUCUGCAGAAAAUGCUUCAGCUGUAUGCCACAAAAAGGGAAAUCAGCUUGUUUAGCAAACCUUGCAAAUACUGGUUUAUUGUCAGUAAAUGGUUUAUUUUAGAUCUAUCCAAUAUACCUAUAUACUCAGGGUCGCAAAAUAAUUCCUUAGGCGGAAAGUGAUCACGAGUGGAUAAAGUUUAAGAAGCCCUGCUCUAGAUAGUCUUGGACUGCAACUCCAAUGAUCCCUCUAUCACUAACUUGCCUGGGCUGGUGUAGGCUGCGUUUCAACAUUAUCUGAAAGGUCGCAGGUUCCCACAUUUGGGAUGAGAAACAGAGAAACGUAGGACAAAAAGUAAUUUGAGAUUUAAGUCUUUUUUGAGAUUUUUUUUUCCGUGUCAGGAGCAACUUGAGUCACUUCUGGAGUGAGAGAAUUGGCCGUCUGCACUGGCCUUCUUCUAAGCUUGUUUAAAAAGCAAGAUUAAGUAUUGCAUGUUACAAGUAUUGUGAUAAGCAUUUCAUGCGUUGUAUACAUUUGUAGUUAAUAAUGACUGAAUCUGUUGGAAGUUUUAAAAAUGUAUUUCUUCUCAGUUAGCAUUAAUAUUUUACCCAUGAUGUCAAUUUUAAACAUUUAAAGCAUUCUUAGUUUAAAGGGUUAGUAAGCCUAAAAACUGGGAUUGGAAGGUAAUGGGAAUGUGAGAUUAGUCUUCAUUUAUGAUAGGAAGAUUAGUAUUAAUGUAGUCAACCCAGUGAUCGGCUAAAUAUACUCAUAGUGAUAUCGAAUUUGAAUGAAAGUUAACAUGCUAUAUUUACUUUGUACGUAAUAUGAAAUCCAAAUAAAAUAUUGACAUUGUUGACAUAA